GAGUAAACAGAAAUUCUUGCAUUGCGUACGCUCUUUUACCGUUUUUUUUUCUAUAAUUGACAACAUAAACAGUUAAACUACAGCUGAUUGUUUUGGGAAUUCAACCGGGAUAAAUGAUAAAUGCUUGAAAUGGAAAAGCCUUCGCAAUGCCAUUUGUGUGCCUCGUGUUUCCGACGCCUGAAUCCCACGAUUAUUUUUAGCCUGGAAAUUCUGGCCAAGAUCAAGGAUCUCACUGGAAUAUGGUUAGAACAGAAUGAACGCCAGCCGCGUCAUAUUUGUCCAUCUUGUCUGAAUGACUUGAACACAUCGAUUAAGUUGAAGAAUCGCAUUCAACGAGUUCACGAUGAAGCAACACUAAGGUGGGAAUAUGGGCUUGAUGAAGAUCUAAGUAGCACUGUAUCCGAUAUAGAGCCAGAAGAGGAUUCCAGUGACUUGGAAUCGGAGGAGUCCCACACUACUUCGUAUUCGGAGCACCAAGAAGGAAAACUAUCUGAUUUGGAAAACUAUCCAUUUGACAAAAAAGCAGAGGAAUUCGAAAUUGAUCUAAAUCUCGACAAUGGAGAUAGUAGAAACGGACCACAUAAUCCUAAUGAUUCGGAAUCGCCCUUAAUAUUUAAGUAUAAAAAUCCAUUAAUUGAGACUACUUCGUUGGCAAAAGAAAACUUGCCUGAAACAGUUGAUGCACAAAGCCCAAAAAAGGGAAACUUUAUACAAAUUGGAAGCGAUCUGAGCCUACUUAAAACGGGUCCCUCUAUUAAGGUAGUAAAGCCUCUUGCAUUAUUUCCAGAAGGUGGGGCAGCUGAGAAUGUACCGCCUGCAAAGAGGAGAGCUCGGAAAAUUCAAUCCCUGGAGUGCCCUAAGUGCGAAAAGGUCUUCAAGACUCCAUACAACCUGAAGACGCACAUGGUGCGCCACACGGGCGAGAAGAACUUUCCAUGCACGUUCUGCGACAAGCGGUUCGUCACUAAGUAUCUGGUUCGUCUACAUGAACGAGUGCGACACAUGGGCGAACAGCCGUUCAAGUGCAACUUCUGCUCGAAAACGUUUUUUACAAGUUCAGCUAAGUCGCGCCAUGAGCGAAUACGGCACAUCAGAGAUCUGAGCUACCAAUGCGACCAGUGCACCAAGAGAUUCAAUACCAAGACCUGCUUGAAUAAGCACAAGUUCCUGCACACAGGUCUUAAGCCCUUUGACUGCGUAAUUUGCCAAAUCAACUUUGCCCGAAAGGCAGCGCUAAGGAGACACUUCGAUUCGGUUGCUCACCUGAUUAGGGCAAACGCCAUCCUGGAAAUCGAAGGAGAGCACUGAUCCGCCUAUGAAUUUCAGAUCGCUUUUAAUCCCGUCUUGGAAGAUGCGGACUAUGUAGUCCAAUUGGAAGCACGACUUGAAUAAUUUUAAGGCUCAGGAUAUCUAGACAUAAAUGUUUGAACGUAUUCUUAUUAUUUUGGCACUGGAUUGCCCUUCGUUUGCUGUAACUUAUUUGUAUUACGUUUUUGUCA